AUGCCCCAACAUGCGGGGUCCGCGGAUGGCAUCGGCUCUGCCUUUGCCGACUACUUCUCCCUCUGGACGGCGGUCUUGGCAGCCGUGGCACUGUCCAAUCCCUGGCUCUUCACGUGGGUGAGCCCACCAAUCGGGCGAGCACUGAUGGUGAGCCUAGUCUUCCUUAUGGGCACCACGGCCCAUCCAGAGGACUUUAAAGCCGGCUUCCUCAAGGUUCGGCCGCUCUCUGUGAACUUCUUUGUUUGCUUUGCAGUCUUGCCGGCGGUGGCGUUACUCAUCAGCCAUGUCCUGGACCUGGACCAGGACUUCACAGUUGGUAUGGUCCUCAUGGGUGGCGUGAAUGGAGGCUCGGCCUCUAACCUCUUCGCGCUGCUCGCCGGUGGCGAUGUGGCGCUGUCUGUGCUGAUGACCAUCACUACAACACUUGGGGCAGUCAUCUGCACACCUCUCGUUGCAGAAGUCUACCUGGGGGCCAUCGUGCCUGUGGACACGCUCGGCAUGUUGCGGUCUGCUGUGGAAAUUGUCCUGAUUCCCAUCAUCUGUGGAGUUCUGGUGAGAGCUGCGUUGCCGAUGACGGUGUCAAAGCUGGAGCCUCUGGUACCCACUCUGGGCCUUGGAUUCGCCCUUGUCCUGAUUGGUGGGGUUCUGGCAGGCAAUGCCGAGUCCAUCCUGAGCGCGGGCAUUUGGCUCCACCUUGCCGCGGUGACAUUUCACGCGAUUGCCGGUCUUUUAGGCUAUUUCCUGGCGGCGCUGUCAGGAUCGGAUGAGCGCGAACGUCGAACAGUGGCAAUUGAAAUUGCCAUGAAGAACCACCUGUUUGCUUGCAUGCUUGCGGUGGCCCACUUCGAGUCAGCAGCCGUACAGAUCCCCCCGGCCACGGCCUGUAUCUGGUGCCCCAUGAUCGCUGCCGGAAUGGCCGCAUACUGGAAGGCACAGCUGCCGGGAGCUAGCUGGGCGCGUCUCCUGGACGUGGCGGAGUGUGCGGAGACUUUCGGCCUCCUACCAAGAGGUCAGUUGACGGAGGCCACCUGGCGGUCCGUCCUGGCACCCCCGAGAGAGGCAGCAAGAAGACUGGCAGAUGCCAAGGCGCAAGAAGCUCGAAAGGCAUUGGAUCGGCUGGCCCCCUUGCAGCAGCCCCAUAGUGACGCUACGCCUUAG